GACGCCACCAUGGACUACCUACAGACGUGCCUCAUCUUCUACCUAUUGAUCCUCUGUUUCUGCGGAGGACGAACUAUAGACAUAUCACAAUGCAUCGGACCCCUGGGGAUGGAAUCUGGUGCGAUUCCCGAUGCAGACAUCACAGCGAGCUCGAGUUUCGAUAGCGGAAACGUCGGGCCACAUCACGGACGGCUGAGGCAAGAGAGCCACGGAGGUGCCUGGUGCCCGAAGCAGCAGAUCACGACGGAACCACGCGAGUGGCUGGAAAUCGAUCUUCACACGGUCCAUAUGAUCACCGCCACCGGCACUCAGGGCCGCUUUGGUAACGGCGAAGGUGCCGAAUACUCCGAGGCGUACAUGCUCGAGUAUUGGAGGCCGAAGCUUGGCAAGUGGGUUCGAUACAGGGACGUUCGAGGCGAAGAGGUAAUCAAGGGAAACACGAACACCUACCUUGAGUCGCAGCACGAACUAGAGCCACCGAUGUUCGCGAGUAAAGUCCGUUUCUGGCCGUACAGCUAUCAUCGCCGUACCGUUUGCAUGCGGGUAGAACUGUACGGUUGUCCGUGGAACGACGGUAUCGUGUCAUACUCGAUGCCACAGGGCGACAAACGUGGCAACUGGGAGUUCUUCGACGCGACUUACGACGGCUACUGGGACGGUCAGCUACUACGUGGCCUGGGACAGUUGACGGACGGCAAGGUCGGGCCGGAUAACUUCAAGAUGGGCUAUUACGAUUACGAGAGGGGUCAGGGAUGGGUCGGCUGGAGAAACGACACCAGGUCCGGUCAUCCGCUUGAGAUCAAGUUCGAGUUCGACCACGUGAGGGAGUUCUCCGCUGUGCACAUUUACUGCAACAAUCAGUUCACCAAGGAUGUUCAGGUGUUCUCCGAGGUCAGUAUAAUGUUCAGCGUUGGUGGUCGAUAUUAUACAGGCGACCCGAUCGUGUACUCGUACAUAGAGGACAGGAUCUUCGAGCACUCGAGGAACAUCUCCAUCAAGCUGCAUCAUCGAAUAGGCAAAUUCGUCAAGCUCAAGUUCAGCUUCUACUCGAAGUGGAUCAUGAUCAGUGAGAUCACGUUCGAUUCAGAUAUCGCUCACGGGAAUUUUACACCCGAAUCACCGCCUACGACAGAAGCCCCAAGGGUAAGGGACCGAAUUUCAGCGCGCGACAAUCCUCUUCAAGCUGAAGUGCCGGUAGUGAAGCAAGAUGACCCUACUUACAUGGCCGUGAUCAUCGGUGUUUUAACCGCUGUGAUCCUCCUCUUGGCCGUCGCGAUCUUCUUGAUCGUCACGCGGCACAGACAACGGAAGAACUUCGCCAGUCCUCUCGGAACUAAAAGCGCGAUUCCGUCUGGCAAUCAUCAACACCUGUCGCCGGAAUCUGCGUACGGUACCACGGAGAAGGAUCCUUCGUUAAUGACGUACCGAGUCGAGGAACUCGACGAUCGGUACGCCGGAACUAAGCUGACGACGUUGCCUCGCGAUCUGAACGAUCGUCUGUUGGGUGACGUCAGGCUGGACGAGUACCAGGAGCCCUUCCACGAGAACAAGUACCGAGAUCCGCCUCACGCCGCUUAUUACGGAUAUAGCACCGUUGUUAUAGACAACAAGGACCUUCACGACAACGUUGAACAGUCUGAUGCCACCUACGAUUACGCAGUACCAAUGCCGGUGCCUAGUGUAAGCAGCGAUCAGGACAGCGUUUUCUCCAAGUCUUCAUCAAGGGGCAGUGCGAAGGCGUGCUUGCAGAGCUCGUACUCGAAUCCGCCGAGCCCGGAACCAGUUUGUGAGCGCGAGCGCAGAGGAAGCAAGCGCCGCGAACACUCCUUGCACAGAUACGCGUAA